AUGUUACAAGGAAAUCUUUCCAGAGUGACUGAGUUCAUCCUCGCUGGGUUAACAGAAAAACCAGAGCUGCAGCUUCCCCUCUUCCUUCUAUUCCUAGGAAUCUAUGUGGUCACAGUUGUGGGGAAUCUGGGCAUGAUCAUCCUGAUACUGUUUAAUUCUCAACUACACACACCCAUGUAUUAUUUCCUCUGUAGUCUGUCCUUUGUUGACCUGUGCCAGUCCACUGUCAUUACUCCCAAAAUGCUGGAAAACUUUUUGGCCAUGCAGAACAUCAUCUCCUACCAUGAAUGCAUGACCCAGUUCUACUUUUUUGCCAGUUUUGCUAUUGCAGAGUGCCACAUGUUGGCUGUGAUGGCAUAUGACCGCUAUGUUGCCAUCUGUAACCCCUUGCUUUACAAUGUUGUGAUGUCCUAUCAAGUCUGUUCCUGGAUGAUAUUUGGAGUAUACUGUAUGGCUUUGUUUGGUGCCACAGCUCACACAGUCUGCAUGCUAAGAGUGCAUUUCUGUAAGAACAAUGUAAUAAAUCAUUACUUCUGCGAUCUUUCCCCACUCCUGCAACUCUCUUGUUCUGAUACUUUUACUAAUGAAGUAGUAGCUUUAAGCCUCAGUAUAUUUAACAUUUUUAUUCCAACUCUGACGAUCCUAAGCUCUUACAUCUUCAUCAUUGCCAGCAUCCUCCGGAUUAAAUCCACUGAAGGCAGGUCCAAAGCCUUCAGCACCUGCAGCUCACACAUAUCAGCUGUUGCUCUCUUCUUUGGUUCACUUGCAUUUAUGUACCUGCAGCCAUCAUCAGUCAGCUCCAUGGACCAAAGGAAAGUGUCCUCUGUAUUUUAUACCAUUGUGGUGCCCAUGCUGAACCCCUUGAUCUACAGCCUGAGAAAUAAGGAUGUCAAAGUUGCCCAAAAUAAGUUUCUUGAAAGAAUUUUUUGUUACGAUGUUUAA